AUGGACUGUGGAAAUUCAUAUCAUGACAAGUGCGCCGAUUCGGUGCCGAAAAAUUGUACGAAAUACAAAGCGGUGGACAGUGGUCAACCGGCAAUGAUUCGAUCUCAUCAGGGCGACAACGGAAGCAUUGCAUCGAGCGCAACCACCGGUCCAGCAUCCAAUCAACAUCUAUUCAAUGAAUUCGAUAGCAAUGUGCCCGAACAUCGAACACACGAAGGGCAUUUGUACAAGCGUGGCGCAUUGCUCAAGGGAUGGAAACAACGAUGGUUUGUUCUUGAUUCGAUGAAACAUCAACUGCGAUACUAUGACGCAAUGGAAGACUCCAACUGCAAAGGAUUUAUCGAUUUGGCUGAGGUUCAGUCGGUAGCGAGUGCAUCUCCCGUGCAAGUUGGUACGAAAAAAAUUGACGAACGAGCCUUCUUCGACUUGAAAACCAGUCGACGAACAUAUAAUUUCUACGCUAUUGAUGCGAGCAGUGCACAAGAGUGGAUUGAAAAGAUUCAAGCCUGUCUACAGUAAUAGCUCUCAUUGUCAUCAUUCAAAAUAAUUUGAAUUAAAAAAA